AUGGAGCAACCACUGACGAUUCAAUCUUUGUUCAUUUAUCCCAUCAAAUCUUGUCGUGGAAUUUCUGUCUCUCAAGCAACCGUUACACCCACUGGAUUUCAAUGGGACCGGUAUUGGUUAGUUGUGAACUCCAAAGGAAGAGCAUACACUCAAAAACUUGAGCCAAAGCUUGCUCUUGUCGAACAAGAGUUGCCAAAGGAAGCUUUCUUUGAAGAUUGGGAGCCAACAAUGACUUCAUUUUUGGUGGUAAGAGCUCCUGGUAUGGAACCGUUAAAGAUUCCAAUGACUAACCCAAGCUCGGUGGCAGAAGGUGUGUCGAUGUGGGAAUGGUCUGGCUCUGCGUUUGAGGAAGGAGAAGAUGCUGCAAAAUGGUUCUCAGAUUAUCUUGGAAAACAAAGCCGUUUGGUUCGGUUUAAUAAAGAGACUGAAACAAGACCAUCACCUCCUGAGUUUGCAGCAGGUUACUCUACAACAUUUGCAAAUACAUUUCCGUUUAUGGUUGCAUCUCAGGCUUCUUUAGACCAAUUGAAUACACUUCUACCAGAACCGGUGCCUAUUGACCGUUUUCGACCCAAUAUUCUUGUUGAUAAUUGUGAUCCUUUUGGUGAAGAUCUUUGGGAUGAGAUCAAGAUUAAUGAUUUAGUCUUCCAAGGAGUUAGGCUAUGUAGCCGCUGCAAGUUAACAACUGUGAAUCAAGAAACCGGAGUUCCGGAUGCAACAGAACCAAUUGAAACUCUGAUGAAAUUCAGAUCAGACAAAGUGUUGAUGCCAGAUAAGAAACCGCAUGGAAAGGUUUUCUUUGGUAAGGAUAUGGUUUGGAAUUGGAAUAUAAGCAACAACCAAGGCAAAGGCAAGAAGACAAUAAAAGUUGGUGACUCCAUCUCUGUCCUGAGGAAGAUGCCUUCCAGAGCUGAAGCAGCUGUUUAA